AUGACAUUCCAAUCCGACCUAGAAGUCGAGUGCUUUCGGCACUUCGUCAAUGGAUUUCUGCCCCUCUUGCUCCUUUCCACCAGUCAUCCAGGAUUUCAGUCGGAUCUUGUGCCUGAAGUCGUGGAAAUGCUCUUGGGGUUCGAUGGCCUGAGAAAUGCUGUCCUAGCUUGUGGUGCAUCACAUAUGCAUCACCUCACGGGAAGUUCUCAGAUGAAUGAAGCCGGUAUUCGAUACUAUGCCCGUGCUGUGUCUAGCAUCAAUCGCACACUGACAAGAAUCGACUGGAGCCGUGAUGAUUUCAAUGAUGCGCUGCUGCAAGCCAUCAUCCUGCUGUAUAUUCAUGGGGUCUUCAACGUCGACACCAAUAAGGAUAUCGCCAAGCAUGUGGCAGGUGCCACGCAAUUGAUGAAGCUCCGAAAUGCUCAUUCUCGGCGGCCGCCAAUGCCACGCCCAAUCCAUCGAAUAAUAUGGGAGAGCAUCCUUUACCAGAUAUUCCGUCAAACAGCCAAUCGUCCUUUUGCAGUCGAGUUCCAGCCUGAUUUCGAAUUCUGUGCGAAAGCACAGGAGACCUUGCAGUCUCUAACGUUUCCAGAAGCCUCACCAGCUGAUAACAGCCCGGUGAUUGGAUUCCCGCUGUCGCUGCAGAAACUCAUGAUUGAAAUCGUACAGCUAUGCAAAAGUCCUGCGAAACCGAGCGCAGAUUUCGGGAGACUCUCAGAGGAGAUGCAGUACUGGGAAAAUUCGAUCCUCGAAGAGGAGCAUUGCGUGAAAGAAGAGGGCAAAUGGUCCACGAAAAAGCCCUCUGAGCGGGCUCGAAUGUUCCAUCAACAUUCCACGAGUCUCCAUGUUCUUGCUGCAUCGCUUCUCCUUGAUUGGGUGAUGCGAUCGCACGAAGUGUGCGACAUGGAUUCACCGCUGCCACCCACAGGUGAUAGUUGGCAAGUCCGCAGAGGACUCGCAAUCCUACGGUGCGCACAAGCCAACGAAGAAUGGUCGAGGUGUUACCUUGGUUCCUGGCCGACAGUGAUUUUCGGAUACGCGGUCGACAAGUCCGAGGAUAUUGCUCUUGUCAGGCGUGACCUGGAACAGCGAUAUCAGAAUAUUUGCUCAGGCGAAGAAUUGCUUUUCCUGGAGGAGUUGGAGUAUGUGUGGCAUCUGAGAGGCAUUCCUCUCCAAAAGCGUAACACAUAG